AUGAGUAGGGCUGAAAUUAUUGAAAAUUCUGAAAAUCUGAAACGCGAUUUUUUGGAAAGUGAUUCGAAUCGCGGAUUUUUGCCAAUUUCUGAUGCGAGAUUUGAAAAUGAUCAAAAUACAAAAUUGAAAUUCACACUUGAAAAUAAGUUUUUGGGAUGGCGCAGUGUUUCGGAAUUCUAUGCGAUUUUUAUCGAGGUUCCGAAUUUCAGUCAGAUUUUUAGUGCGGAAGAUGGAUGGAUGUUCAUGUGGCAACAUCAGAUAUGUUUUUGUAAUUAA